UUUCGACAACGAUUCCAAGUUUUUGUAUUGACAAGGAUAACAAAGAACUGCUACUUGUGACCAUAGCAACAGAAGAAAAUGAUGGUUUAAGAAGAUAUAUAAGAAGUACAAAGAAGUAUGACUUGGAAACAAAGGUCUUUGGUUUAGGUUUGGAUUGGCGUGGCGGGGACAUGACCAACACUGGCGGGGGUCAUAAGAUCAAUAUAUUGAAAGAAGAACUGUCCCAGUAUAAAGACAGAAGUGACUUGAUUCUUAUGUUUACAGACAGUUAUGAUGUUGUUGUCACAGCUGGAGCAUCAGAGAUUCUAGAAAAGUUCAACAAGUUUGAUGCACGUGUAGUUUUCUCUGCUGAAGGAUUUUGUUGGCCGGACAGGUCAUUAGCGAGCUCGUAUCCUGAUGUGAAAUUACAUGAGAAGAAAUAUCUUUGCUCAGGAGGAUUUAUUGGGUAUGCUAAGGACGUGUAUGAAAUUAUUUCCCACAAUGCAGUAGCAGAUAACGAUGAUGACCAGUUAUAUUACACUAAAAUAUUUCUAGACAAAUCUCUCCAGGAGAAGUGGAAUAUAAAAUUGGAUAAAAGAUCAGAAAUAUUUAUGAACCUACAUGGAGCUCUUGGUAAUAUAUACAUGUAUUAUAUUU